GUUCCAGCGAUUUCAUGCGCGUUUGUCUUCUUCCAAUCAAAUAUGAUUUGGAUAGGAUGAGAAGAGUAGCGUCUUUGUUGACAUAUUUUAAGGACAGCCUGGUGGUUACAGAUGGUUACGUUCGCAGGCUGGGCUAUAGCCUAUAGGCUAGAGAAAAUCAUUUCAUCAAUCGACAUUAUUGCGAGUCAUGAUGGAAUUACAUAACGCCUAUAUGCUGCAGUCUAUAAUAACGUAAAUUAUGCUAUUUUCUCACUGAACGACUGAAUGUAAAACGCAGCGGCAGCUGGACAGAUCACAGAGGAAAUCACAUUGAGCUCCCCAUAACGAAUCGAGGAGCCGAGCGCAUUGCAUGAAUUAACAGAGCAGAGGGCUCAGCGUCGAUACUAGAGAGAUGAAGGACCUUUCGUUCUCCCCUUGAUGUGUUCAACCCGCCACUGGGGAGAGACAACCAGGAGCAGCCAAUGCUCGGAGAGAACAGCGGCCGCAGCGCCAGACAUCGGCGAGAGUGAUAACUCAGCGCUGUUUACUGUCAUUUGAGAGCUGGCACCGGACCCGCGGUGAGGCAUGGGCUGCGCUCCCAGCAUCCACGUCUCCCAGAGCGGUGUGAUCUACUGCCGAGACUCGGACGAGUCCAACUCUCCGCACCAAACCACCACUAUCUCGCAGGGCACCGCGGCCACCCUACAUGGGCUGUUUAUCAAGACGGACGCGGCCGAUACCAUCUCAUCCGUCAUCACCUACCAGAGCAGGCACUCCGGAACCAACUCUCAACGAGAGAGAAGAGAGAACAGCCGGGGACACAUCUGCAUCGAGGCUGAGACCCAGACCAGUCACAACAGUGUCAAGGUAUCAGCCACAGAAGAAUGCAUAGGACCUAUGAGACUGACCCAAGAACCUAUUCAGGUCCUGCUGGUGUUUGCGAAGGAGGAUGGUCAAAGCGAUGCCUUCUGGUGGGCGUGUGACCGGGCGGGUUUCAGGUGUAACAUCGCCCGAACGCCUGAGUCCGCCAUCGAGUGUUUCCUGGACAAGAGCCACGAGAUUGUAGUCGUCGAUGGACGCCACUCACGAUACUUUGAGGCAGAAGCUGUCUGUCGGUUGAUUCGUGCCACAAAGCGCUCAGAACACACAGUCAUUCUGGCCGUUGUGCCACAGACGCCUUCAGGUCAGGAGGAGCAGUCUGUUCUUCCUCUCCUCUGCGCUGGACUCAGCAGAAGGUAUGUGGAGAACAGUAGUGUCUCUGCCUGCUAUAAUGAGUUGCUCCAGAUUGAACAUGGAGAGGUGCGCUGCCAGUUCAAACUCAGGGCGUGUAACUCAGUGUUCACUGCUCUGGACCACUGUCAGGAGGCUGUGGAGAUCACCAGUGAAGACCAUGUGAUACAGUAUGUGAACCCGGCAUUUGAGUGUAUGAUGGGUUACCACAAGGGAGAGUUGAUAGGGAAAGAGCUGACGGAACUCCCCAAGAGUGACAAGAACCGAGCAGAUCUUCUAGACACCAUCAACACCUGCAUCAAGAAAGGAAAGGAGUGGCAGGGGAUCUACUACGCCAGGAGGAAGUCGGGUGACAGUAUACAGCAGCAUGUCAAGAUCACGCCUGUGAUUGGCCAGGGAGGAAAGAUCCGCCAUUUUGUGUCCAUCAAGAGGCCCCACAGUGACAACAACAAACAGGUCCAUAAGAUCAACAAAGAGGAAGCUUCCCAGUCAGAGAGCCAUUCCCUGCGUCACAGAGACAGGAGGAAAGAGUCGGUUGAUACCAGGUCAAUCAGCUCACGUGGCAGUGAUGCACCCAGUCUGCAAAACCGCCGGUACUCAUCUGUAGCCAGAAUCCACUCUAUGACCAUAGAGGCCCCCAUCACCAAGGUGAUCAACAUCAUCAACGCGGCCCAGGAGUCCAGUCCGGUGUCCGUAGCAGAGGCGCUGGACCGAGUCCUGGAGAUCCUGAGGACUACAGAGCUCUACUCUCCUCAGCUGGCCUCCAAGGAGGACGACCCACACACCAACGACCUUGUAGGCGGUCUCAUGAGCGACGGCUUACGGAGACUGUCUGGCAACGAGUAUGUCUUCUCCAAAAGUACUUUUCCAAAUUUGAGCCAGAGUCAGCUGGCCAUCCCAGUAACGCUGAAUGACAUCCCUCCGGCCAUCGCUGAGAUGCUGGAUGACGAAGACCAAUGGGAGUUUAACAUCCUGGAGCUGGAAGCUGCCACCUGUAAGAGACCUCUGACCUACCUGGGCUUGAAGAUCUUUGCUCGGUUCGGGGUGUGUGAGUUCCUGAGCUGCAGUGAGGCUACGCUACGCUGCUGGCUCCAGAUCAUAGAGGCUAACUACCACGCCUCCAACUCCUACCACAACUCCACCCACGCCGCUGACGUCCUCCACGCUACAGCCUACUUCCUACGCAAGGAGAAGGUCAAGGGCAGUCUAGAGCAACUGGACGAAGUGGCUGCAUUGAUCGCGGCGACGGUCCAUGACGUGGACCACCCGGGGAGGACCAACAGCUUCCUGUGCAAUGCAGGAAGUGAGCUGGCCAUCCUGUACAAUGACACAGCUGUAUUAGAGAGUCACCACGCCGCCCUCGCCUUCCAACUCACCGUCAGUGACAGCAAGAGCAACAUCUUCAAGAACAUCGACAGGACUCAGUUCCGGACAUUGAGGCAGGCCAUCAUUGACAUGGUGCUGGCCACAGAGAUGACCCGCCAUUUUGAACAUGUCAACAAGUUUGCCAACAGCAUCAACAAACCAAUGGCUGCCAUCGAGGAGUCCAGCUCAAACAGUGAAGGCAGUGACAGCGAGGGCCCAGCCAGUAUGAGGAACAGCCCAGAGAACCGGCUGCUGAUCAAGAGGAUGAUGAUAAAGUGUGCUGACGUGGCCAACCCCUGCAGACCCCUGGAGCUCUGCAUAGAAUGGGCAGGACGCAUCUCAGAGGAGUACUUCGCACAGACUGAUGAGGAGAAGAGACAGGGUCUACCGGUGGUCAUGCCUGUCUUUGACAGGCACACCUGUAGUAUCCCCAAGUCUCAGAUCUCCUUCAUAGACUACUUCAUCACAGACAUGUUUGACGCUUGGGAUGCCUUCGCCAGUCUACCUGGCCUCAUGGAGCACCUGUCAGAGAACUACAAAUACUGGAAGGGUCUGGACGACAUGAAGUGCAAGAGCCUGCGGCCGGCCCCUCCUCCGUGACCCCUCCAUCCCUCCCUCUCUCUCCCCUUAUCCCUCCAUCCCUCCCUCUCAUUGGGCUGGGGGAGACAGCGAAUGUAGCCUGGCGCUGGUAUUAAGCCCAUCCCACAAUGAUUCUACCCAGCUCCACACACAAUGGACUGUAGACCUCAAGAGUCUGUAGACCUCGGAGUCUGCAGCUUGGAGCCCUCAGAAGAGGCCAGGGGACUGACAUACCGGCUGACAAAUGACACCCCAACUCCCCAUAUAGUGCUCUCCUUCUGUGCAGACAUCUUCCCCAUCCCUAGUUAUCGGAUGUUACUUCAAACUGAUUUCAAACAGAGAAUCAUUACGAUGCCCCAUGGCAAAUUUGGCAUGGGGAGGGGGGCUCUGGUCAUAAGUAGUGCACUACAUAGCGAAUAGGGGGACAUUUGAGAAUUGCCCACUGAGACUCUCCAGCCUCUUCAGACCCCUCUGUGGUUCCUCUUGGGCCCCUAAUGUGACUCUACAGCCCUCCUGACAAUCUAUCCCAACCAACCGCACUUUAGCAGCUCAAAAAAACGUGUCACUUUCUCACAUCUUUAAUUUUUUUCCCUGUGAUGUUGUCUGUGUUCUAUAUCCGUUUCUUUUGUCUCAGGCAAGUGUCUGAUGUUGUUUGUCGUACCUCUGAUUUCUGUCCGUCCUUGCUUAGUCCCUACGGUAGUGUGUGGUGAUGUGGGUACCAAAGGUUUGCUGACACAUGAACUACUUCUACUGUACCAGGAAUAAAAGAGGAGAGAGCACAGAACUAAAGUAUGUAGAGAGAAACCUGUUCCCUGAAUCACACACACACACACAGCCAACUUAUAAAACUGUAACUUAGCUCUCCUUGUUCUCUCUCCAGAUGGAAGUAUUAGGUCAUAUUGAGCUCUGAUAAGCCCAGUAAGGCAGAGUAAAACAGAGGUGUGUGUGUGUGUGUGUGUGUGUGUGUGUGUGUGUGUGUGUGUGUGUGUGUGUGUGUGUGUGUGUGUGUGUGUGUGUGUGUGUGUGUGUGUGUGUGUGUGUGUGUGUGUGUGUGUGUGUGUGUGUGUGUGUGUGUGUGUGUGUGUGUGUGUGUGUGUGUGUGUGUGUGUGUGUGUGUGUGUGUGUGUGUGUGUGUGUGUGUGUGUGUGUGUGUGUGUGUGUGUGUGUGUUUGGCAGCAGACCCAGAGCAGUCAGCGGUCUGUGUUCGCUCCAUACCUGGGAGGUUUACAGAGCAGAGUCCAGCUGAACUGACUGCUGUAAUAUCUCUCUCUACGGGGGAAAACCAGAGCUUUGCUCAGAGAGCCAGGCCUCACGGGCAGCUCGCCCACCACCAUGCUCCCCCCCUGGGGCUAGAACCAGCCCUCAAUCUGCCCCCUCUGGAACUCAGCUCCAGACAUGGCUCUUAAAAGAGAACACUGGGGCUUAGUGGGAACAGCAUUAGAACAGUAUUCUAACUCUAUUAGCAACAAGUGGGGGAAAAAACAGCAGUAUAUAUUAAGUACAGUUGAUCUUUACAACUUAGAAGCCACAGCAGUGAAUUAUCUGAGCGACAGUAAGGCUAGUGUACUGUUUUAUGACAGCUUGUAUUGAAGCUAGUCCUAAUUCAUUACUUUAAAUGGGUCAUAAAGCUCCAGUGAAACAGUACAUUCAUUUAAACAUCAACGGCACAUUGAAGUGGACACAUACUGUAGCUAAUUGCAAUCUCCAAAUACGAAGGGAACUAAUUAGCGUUGGCUAAGCAAAAUGCUAUUCCAAAGCACAACUCUGUGAUUUCUAACAUUUCAGUUGUGCUGUGGUGUGCGGUGCAAUAGUAGGAGUGCGUUUCAUUUUCCAACUGCUUUUUGUCCCUCCUGCCUCCCGGUAAUGUGUUGCUGGUCCGUUGUGAAGUAGCAUGGUAGUGUGGUCUGAGCAGAGAGCCGCCUCACAAGAGCCUGAUGAAACCACCAUGGGACAAACAGCAUGAUAUACUCGGCUUGUCCUGGCUCAAAUUACACCCUAUUCCCUAUGUAGUGCCCUACUUUUGGGACAGAUAUUUAUGUGGUGAAAGACUGGCACACUUAGCUCUUGGGGCUUAAACAGUUGCAUCUUAAAUACACUCUAUUGCCUAUAUAGUGCACUGUGUUUCACUACUCUUAUCAAAAGUAGUGCACUAUCAAGGGUAUAUGGGGUUAUUUUAGAUUGACCCUGUCUUUGGAUCCUCUCUGGGAAAAUAGCACUUUCAGCUCCCAGCACACUCUACUGCUACUUGGUUCGGUUUGGUUCAGUUUUCAACUCAGGCUAGACUGCUAUUAAAAUAUGAUUUCAAAUGUCACUAUCAUAAAACAUGCUGUCCAUCCAUUUCUUUCUCUUGUCAUCUAGAAUCACAUUACUGUGUAGUUGUCUCCCUCCAGUGGUUGGCAGUGGGGAAUGCAGUUUCAGUUCAUUUCCUUGUGCAACAGCAGCGGCCAUACAAGACAGGCUUCGUCAGAGGUGUUGUGAAUGGAUGCUUUGAGUUUAAAGUAUGUGUUUGCGUGUGCGUGUGCGUGCAUGUGUGUAAAUUCAACCAACAAAAUCAAAACUGGUGUACGUAUUUAACCAAAGGCACAGGGAUCUUCUUUAAGGUGCCUUACUUUGACCCUCUCCUCUAAAACAGGGUUCAGAGUUCAGGCUUCAAAUGGUUUGUUUGGCUUCAUGUGGUUCGUUUGUGUUCGCGAGCAGCUGAACAAAGACCGGACUAAGCCAUAGAGUACUUAACCUUACUAUUUUAACCUGUAUUUUAUUGUUCCAAAUGGCACCAUAUUCCCUAUGUAGUGACAAAGAAGUGUGCUAUGUGGGAAUAGGGUGUCAUUUGAUACUGGUGAAUACUACAAUUAUUAUGAAGAGAAACUUGUGUUUGAUAAUGACUGUGUGCUAGUUUCAGAACAUGGUCAGACAAACGCCUUAACUCACUCAGUCAAGGCUAUGCUAGAUUCACUGCUAUAGGACACUGUAAAAUACAUAGCUUCUGCUGACGUAAACAACCCACUAUCUAGUCUCCCAUGGACUGUUUUCUAUUGAGCCUGAUCUAUUUUCAAUGAAUUAUGUUUCUGUUUGUUGUCAAGCGAGUUUUGGUCAGAUCUCAUGUCACACCCACAUGCUUGUCAUCCUUUCCUUUCUUUGAACUCUCAAAGACGAACCGUUUCUGCUGUGAGAGCAGGGCGUGGCAUCUACUGUGAUGUCAUUUUAACCCGGCUCUGUCAUUGGUCAGAGACUCUGGGUAUGGAGAACGUGCCAAUCCCUUUAUUUUCUAUUGUUUCCAAGCAGAACAACCAACAGAUAUUCUGCAAGCAUUAAUGUAUAUAAGCUUUAUUUUGUGGUUAUUGGCUGUGAAAAGGCAAACGUAAAAUAUUGUAGAAAUGUUUUAUGUAUUUUUGAAGGACUUGAUGAUUUGAUGCUUUAGUUGUGUAUCAACCCACCGGGCAGAAACUGGUUGCAUCAACGUUGUUUCCACAUCAUCAGAUAGAUUAAAAAAAUAUAUGAUGUUGAAUCAACGUGGAAAACUGAUUGGAUUUGCAAAAAGUCAUCAACGUAAGGGAAUUAUAUUCGGGUUUUUUAAAACUUUUUUUUAACCUAAAUUCAAUGACAUGGUGACAUUUUCUUUUUUUUAAAUGCAUUAUUAUGUUGAAUUCACUACAGUUGACGUCACAAUCAAAGUGUAAAUCCAAACUAGAUGU